AUGGCUACCCCUAGUGUCCUCACUUUUGACGCUGAGGGUCGGGCCAUUGACUUUGACGUCUGGGUAGAUGACCUGCAGCUUUUCCUGCUGAGCGAUAGGGCAGACGGUCUCUCCCUCUUUGACCUCACUUCUGGUGCCUCUCUUGCUCUUGCUGCUGAUGCUGACGCCACUGUUCGCUCACAGUGGGCCACGCGCGAUGCUGCUGCCCGCCUUGCUGUGCGCCGCCACUUGCCGACCGCUGAGCGUGCGCACUUUAGUCAGUACAAGAGUGCUAAGACCUUGUACGACGCUGUAGUUGCACGCUACUCUUCCCCUGCCACUGCUGCGCUUAGCCGCCUCAUCCUACCGUACCUCUUCCCUGACCUCGCCGCUUUUCCCACUGUCGCUGACCUCAUUACGCACCUUCGCACUAGUGACACUCGCUACCGCGCUGCGCUUCCUGCUGAGUUCUGCGCCAAGAACCCCCCCCCCAUGUACAUCACCCUCUACUACAUAGUCACCCGGCUCCCUGACACCCUUCGCCCGGUUAGGGACCACUUCCUCUCUGUUUGCCCCACCACCCUCACCGUUGACCUCCUCGAGGAGCGCCUUCUAGCGGCAGAGAAGAGCAUAGUCGCUGUAGGAGCCUCUCGUGGUGACCCUCGUACCCCUGUCUUUGAGGGGUGCUCCCCCUCUCCCCUCCUGCCCUCUGUUGCCUCUGCUGCUGCGGCCGACCUCGUUGGUCUUGAGUCGGUCGCUGCGGCGUCUGCCCCUAGCGGGAGACGCCGCCCUGGCAAGGGCAAGGGGGGCAAGGGUGCUGGAGGAGCUGGCGGGGGCGGUGGAGGCGGAGGUGGAGGUGGUGGAGGGGGUGGGGGUGGCGGUGGGGGUGGUGGCGGGGGUGGGGGCGUCAGUGGCGGCAGUGGAGGCGGAGGCGGAGGCGGCGGUGGCGGUGGGAGCGGAGGUGGCGGAGGUGGCGGUAGUGGAGGAGGUAGCGGCGGAGGAGGUGGAGCUGGUCGGGGUGGCGCUGCACAGAGGGUUGGCUCCGGUGGUGGUCAGCGCCAGCAGCAGCAGCAGCGCGCUCGUGAGAUCCCCCCCCCUCAGCAGCUUCGUGAGUGGUACGCUGCACGUCAGCGGGGUGGGGGCACUGGUCCGUGCACCUACGUCCUCCGCCCCGGCGACCGCGCGGGUGAGCAGUGUGGGGGUGCGCACUCCACCCAGCGUUGCUUUGGCCGCCUGACGGACGCUUGGCGUCACCAGUUACCUGAGGCCACUGAGAUCCCUCGCUGGGGUGAGCUGUCUAGGGCGGGGGUUCCUAUCUUUGAUCUUGAUUAUGAUGCUAUUCUUGCUGCCAUGUAUGCUGUGACUAUUAGUGAUGAGGGUGACUGUUACUUGUGUUUUCCGCCUGACCCAGGCAUAGAGGCUGCUGCGCUAGGUGCUUGUGAGGCUGCUGCUCUAGGUGCCAGUGCGUCUGCCGCCCCAGGUGCCGGUGAGUCUGCGCUCUCAGGUACUGCGUCGUCUCCGGACACCCACACCUUCACCCUUGACUCGGGUGCUUCCCGCUCCUUCUUUCGAGACUGCACCACUCUCACGCCACUCAGUCAAGGGAGAGCUUGA